AGUAUUUUGGAUUGAGUGAGUGGAGGGUGAAGAUACCAGCUGCUCUGAGAACAUCCAAGUGUUUCUGUAUGGAAUAUGAUCAAAUCACUGGCUUUGUGUUUUUUUUAAGGAAUUAGAUUGGCGUUCAUCUGCACAUUAUGGGACUUUCUUUUACUCUGAAUGCUGAAGAUCGCUCUCCUCCAGCUGUCGUCCUAAAUUAGCUGACUCUGUGAAAGGAUAGCUUUCAACUGACCCCUGAAGCUCCAGCCGUCCGUGACACCCAAAUGCUGUCUGUCUUUCAUCAAACUGGUCACUCCUGAAGAAAAAUGGACUUGGAGUGAAAGGAGCCCCUUCAUGUGGGCAGACAACUCUUAAGCUAGUUGAGAUAGCUGGCCUGGGACUCAAAUGGGUGACCUAUGACAAUGUAACCAAUAAGGGGACUUGAGUUCUCGCUUUCCCAAGCAGCUGCAAGCAGGAUAUGAGCUUGAGCCGUGGGCAUCGACGAUAAAACAAACCUUCCAUCGCUUGAGGGCUUCUCUAACGUCAUGCAGUCAUCUGAGGAAUUGUUUACCAGGAAGCUGAAAGCAUUGAAUGGGAGUAUGGGACAUCCAGCGGCCAACACACAGGGCAAGCUGGAAGGGGGUGGUAAAACAAACGGGACGCCUGCUAUGCCUAAAAUGGGGGUGCGAGCCAGGGUGACGGACUGGCCCCCGAAAAAGGAGGGUUGGGAAACCCGAGGCGGGCCCAACUACGAGAGCGUCAUCACGGCCUUCCAGAACGGACAGCCAGACCAAAGUGUGGAGAUCACGGAUUUGGGUGAAGCAUCAUUGGAGCCUGAUUAUUCGGAUACAAAAUAUUCCCUGAGUGACCUUCUGAGUCGAUCCCCUUUAAAGGGGCUUCAUCCCAUUCGCCAGCGGAGUAAUAGUGACGUGACCAUCAGCGACAUUGAUGCGGAGGACAUAAUGGACCAGAACGCCGUCAACCCCAACACUGGUGCCUCGCUGCAUCGGGAGUACGGCAGCACUUCCUCUAUUGACCGCCAGGGUCUCGGGAAUGAUGGGUUCUUUACCAUGUUGCGAGGAUACCGGAUUGACAAUUUGGACCAUCGCAGCGCCCCGCCUGUCGGUUUCCCAGAGCUCCUUCGUUACGACACAACCCUCUCCCCAAGCUUGCAGACCGCUGCUCAAAUAGCCCGCGGUGAGAUCGUCCGCAUCUCGGGCUACGACUACGUGGACAGCUCCCUCCUCUACAGCCGAGAAAGGGAGAAGUCUUUCAUGCGUCGUCUCAAGUCGGAGUCAUCCGAGACGUCGCUGUUCAGGAAGUUGAGGACUAUUAAGAGCGAGAACGACGGUCUGCGGCUCUCCACCGAGCAGGACGACCGCCGGCCGCUCAGCUUCCAGAAAUGCUUCGCUCACUAUGACGUCCAGAGCGUCCUCUUCAACAUCAGUGAAGCGGUGGCCAACCGUAUCAGCCUGAGCCAGAGGAAGAACACCACCACCGGAGCUUCAGCCGCCUCGCAGUACCAAGUCCCAGGAGGUGGACAAGUGGGUGGGAAUACUACUGGACCUCCAUCCAUGUUCGAAUCGCCGCUGGGAAGUCGAGAAGACCUCAAUCCCAAGGAGAACCUGGAUGCAGAUGAGGGGGAUGGGAAGAGCAAUGGAUUGGUGCUCAAUUGCCCGCAUUUUCGCAAUGAGAUUGGUGGAGAGGGGGAGAGGAGGAUCUCUCUCUCCAGGGCCACCAACACCACCUACAGUGCUGGAGGAGAAAACUGCUCUUUUGAGUCGUCCUUGAGCUCCCACUGUACCAAUGCCGGCGUGUCUGUACUGGAGGUGCCACGGGAAAGCCAGGCAAUCCACCGUGAAAAGGUCAAGCGGUACAUCAUCGAGCACAUCGACCUGGGAGCGUAUUAUUACCACAAAUAUUUCUAUGGGAGAGAGCACCAGAACUACUUCGGGGUGGAUGAGAACUUGGGUCCGGUGGCCAUCAGCGUGCGGAGAGAAAAGCUGGAUGAUGGGAAAGACAAAGAGGCGUCACAGUAUAACUAUCGGGUCACCUUCAGGACGAGUCAGUUAACUACCUUGCGAGGGGCGAUCCUGGAGGAUGCUGUGCCUUCCACGGCGAGGCACGGGACGGCCCGCGGUCUCCCUCUGAAGGAAGUGCUGGAGUACGUGGUGCCUGAGCUGAACAUCCAGUGCCUCCGACUGGCCCUCAACUCACCCAAAGUCCCCGAACAGCUCCUCAAACUGGACGAGCAAGGGCUGAGUUUCCAGCACAAAGUGGGCGUCCUGUAUUGUAAAGCGGGUCAGAGCACAGAGGAGGAGAUGUACAAUAAUGAGAACGCCGGGCCGGCGCUGGACGAGUUCCUGGAUCUGCUCGGUCAGAGAGUCCGACUGAAGGGCUUCACCAAGUACCGAGCACAGCUGGACAACAAGACGGACUCGACCGGCACUCACUCUCUCUACACGACCUACAAGGACUAUGAGCUGAUGUUCCACGUCUCCACACUUCUGCCCUACACACCCAACAACAGGCAGCAGUUGCUCAGAAAGAGGCACAUAGGAAAUGACAUCGUCACCAUCGUGUUUCAGGAGCCUGGUGCCUUGCCCUUCACACCCAAAAACAUCCGGUCCCAUUUCCAGCAUGUGUUCGUCAUCGUUAAAGUCCACAAUCCGUGCACUGAGAAUGUCUGCUACAGUGUUGCAGUAUCCAGAUCAAAAGAUGUGCCUCCGUUCGGCCCUCCCAUUCCUAAAGGCGUGACCUUUCCCAAGUCAGCCGUCUUCAGGGACUUCCUGCUGGCUAAGGUGAUCAACGGGGAAAAUGCGGCCCACAAAUCUGAGAAGUUUCGUGCCAUGGCGACCCGUACACGGCAGGAGUAUCUCAAGGACCUUGCGGAGAACUUCGUGAGCACGACGACGGUGGACUCUGCGGUGAAAUUCAGCUUCAUCACGCUGGGGGCCAAGAAGAAGGAGCGUGUGAAACCGCGGAAGGACGCACAUCUCCACAGCGUGGGUGCCGUCACCUGGAGCGUGGUGGCCCGAGAUUUCGGACAGUCGGCAGACGUGGAGUGCCUGCUGGGGAUUUCCAACGAGUUCAUCGUGCUGAUCGAGGAGGAGUCCAAGAAUGUGAUUUUUAACUGCUCCUGUCGGGAUGUCAUUGGUUGGUCUUCAGGCAUCAUGAGCAUUAAGAUCUUCUAUGAGCGUGGAGAGUGCGUGAUGUUUUCCGCACAUGACAACUGUGGAGAGGACAUCAGAGAGAUCGUACAAAGACUUGAGAUUGUCACCCGCGGCUGCGAGACCACAGAAAUGACCUUACGCAGGAACGGUCUUGGCCAGCUCGGCUUCCACGUCAACUUCGAGGGCAUCGUGGCUGACGUGGAGCCGUUCGGAUACGCGUGGAAGGCCGGCUUACGUCAGGGCAGCCGUCUGGUGGAGAUCUGCAAGGUGGCGGUGGCGACGUUGACCCACGAACAGAUGAUCGACCUGCUGCGCACCUCCAUCACCGUCAAGGUCGUCAUUAUCCAGCCAUAUGAGGACGGAGCUCCCAGAAGGGGAUGUUCAGAGCUCUACCGCAUUCCUAUGGUGGAGUAUAAGCUGGACAGUGAAGGAACGCCCUGCGAGUACAAGACGCCCUUCAAAAGAAACACCACCUGGCACCGUGUGCCCACCAGCGGCCAGCCUCUUCCUCGCGGAUCCCCCACCCAGGGUCCCGAUCGCAUGCCGUGCCAGCAGAUCCUCCAGACCGCCAUCCCACGCAGCACCUCUUUCGACAGGAAGUUGCCAGAUGGACCCAGGACCGUACAAGAUAUGGAGAACCCUCAGAUCUCGUCCUGCAGUAAAGGAGAGGCGUCUCAACACUACCGCAGCUCACCCAGUAACCAGUCGUCCUCCAGUGACCCCGGACCCUGCGGGAGCGCCAGCUGGAACCAGCAGCCCGGAUACGACGGGUGUCAGUCUCCCGUGCUCCAUGAGCGCUCUGCUGAAGCCCAGGGCAUGCUGGGAGACGGGGAGAUGCUGAGGGAGAGGGAGCCCACCCUCGAGAGAACUCGCUCUGCAGAGGCGAAAUGGCACGUCCCUUCCACCAAGAUCCUCAACUCUUUGAAGGAAAGAGGCAAGGAUUCACCGAACAAGUUGACGCGGCAGGGCGGCGAUAAGAACUCCAGCCACUCCAGCAGUAACACUCUGUCCAGCAACGCCUCCAGCAGUAACAGUGAUGAGAAGCACUUCGGCUCCGGGGACCUGAUGGAUCCAGAGAUGCUGGGUCUCACCUACAUUAAAGGAGCCUCCACUGACAGCGGCAUUGACACCGCGCCCUGUAGCAUGAACCCGGGAGUGGCUAAUGCAUCCGUGGGCCGUGUCGUGCUCCAGGGCCGGGGCGCGUCUGAUCCAGGACACCCGUGGACACCGGAGCUGACUGAAGAAGGUUCAAUGGAGGAGGAGGACCAUGGCAGGUUGUACCUUCCUCAGAGCUAUGCCGCAGCUCUGGCCACUGGACAUACACCUGCGGAUGGGAGUAUAGGAGAACUGAGCGAGAUCUCAUCUCAUUCUAGUGGAGCAGAGAGCUUGUUGUCUUUCCUUCUGAAGGCUCUAGCCGAGCGGUCCAGGCAGCUGUACGCCGGAGAGACAUCCUGUCGGCUACAGGAGAGAGGACGGGACAAACUGAAGGACGCAGGUCUGCAACCCAACAUGUCUAAAGAAGAAUACAUGAAGAUGAUGCUGCCUGAAAGCCCACCUGGAGAGAGCAGCCACAGGAAGUGCCCUCAGAAGCAGACGGGUCAUUGUGCUCUUAGGGCAGAGAGCGAGAGAAGUGAGCGGCCCGCUGUAGAGAAGGAGAUACAGAGAAGGUAUGGAGACCAGGGAAGACGAUGGAAGAUGAACAACGCAGAUGACUGGAGACACUCACACACAGACUGGGAACACAAGGAUAGACUUGGAGAGGCUGGAGACAGUGGAGGUGAUGAGCGUGCUGAUGAGGUGCAGUACCCCCCCCUCCACGGCCCGCUCCUGAGGGCCGAGGACCCCGACGUUGUGGUGGCCAUCCUCUUCCACGUGGGGCUGGUCUGUCGGGAUGGGCUGCGUGGAAGGUGUGAAGCAGGUUGGGAUCGAGUAUGUCGUUUCUGGCGACCCAAGAGUGCUCCUCGGGGCCGUAGCCCUCCCAGUCCACCAGGUAUUCUUGACCACCUCGGCGCCGGGAGUCCAAGAUCUCACGCACCUCGUAGGCUGCUCCGUCAUCCAGGAUGA